AUUUUUCAAUAUUUUCUCCCUCCUGCUCUCUCGCUCUUUCCGUGGACUUGGAAUUAUUGAAGUCUUGAGUAUCUGAAAAUCUUUGCCUGAAUAUCUUUCCUUUUGAAGCCAAAUCAGAACGGAUUUUUAAAAAUAAAAACCACCCAAAACCACUAUGUUCUCUCUGUUUUUGAGAUGAUGAACCCCUCUCUUUAAAAGCUCAAUUACUUCUUCGUAACUGCUGGAAAAUUUCAAGUCUGUUACUUUUCUUUUGUUGUUUUGUUCUUCUCAGUUGCAGAGGAAGUGAGAAACCAACAACCCCAAAAAAAUCCAAAACGGUAAUCCUGAGACACUUGAGAGGUUUUGAUUGAUGGGUAUUGUUGCAAAUCUGCGAGGAUCGAGAGCAGGGACGACCCCAGAAGGAUUGCCUAUAUCGGAUGGCGUGUCUCAGGGUAACAAGAGGAAAUGGUCAAAUUUCAUGCCUUUAUAUGUAGCUCUAGUGGUAAUAGCUGAGAUUGCUUUUCUGGGUAGGCUUGACAUGGUAAAUAAAGCAGCUUUCGUCGAUACCUUGGCUGACCUGUUUUACCGGUCGCCGGUCUCGCCUGAAUUUGUCAUGGAGAAUGGUGAUUUGGGGGUAGUGGCGAUGAGUGGGGAACGGAAUACACAACCGGAUAGUUGCGAGGAGUGGCUGGAGAGAGAGGAUGCUGUGGUCUACUCCAGGGAUUUUAAGACGGAUCCCAUCUGGGUUUCUGGUGGCGAGCAGGAAUGGAAGGAUUGUGCUGUUGGAUGCAAGUUUGGAUUUAUGUCUGGGAAGGAACCUGAUGCUAUAUUUGCUCCACAUGGAAAAGCUGGAACAGCUUCUGUGAUCAGAUCAAUGGAAUCAUCCCACUACUAUCCAGAGAACAAUAUCGCUCAAGCACGACGGAUGGGAUAUAAUAUUGUCAUGACAACUAGUCUGUCAUCAGAUGUUCCAGUUGGAUACUUUUCCUGGUCUGAGUAUGAUAUAAUGGCACCAGUGCAGCCAAAGACUCAGAAAUCCCUGGCAGCUGCGUUCAUUUCAAAUUGCGGAGCUCGAAAUUUCCGUUUGGAAGCUCUUGAAAUACUAGAAAAAUCAAACAUCACUCUAGAUUCUUAUGGUGGUUGCCAUCGGAACCGUGAUGGAAGAGUUGAUAAAGUACAAACCCUGAAGCACUAUAAAUUCAGCUUGGCUUUUGAGAAUUCCAAUGAGGAGGACUACGUCACAGAAAAGUUUUUUCAGUCUCUUGUUGCUGGAACGAUCCCUGUUGUUGUUGGUGCUCCAAAUAUUCAAGAUUUUUCUCCAUAUCCCGGUUCCUAUCUACAUAUAAAACAGAUAGGAGAUGUCAAGCCAGUUGCUAAGACCAUGAGAUAUCUUGCAGAAACACCUGAUGCCUACAAUCAGUCAUUAAGGUGGAAGUAUGAUGGUCCAUCGGAUUCUUUCAAGGCGUUGGUAGAUAUGGCAACUGUGCACUCUUCAUGCCGUCUUUGCAUUCACCUAGCAACUAUGAUCCGAGAGGAGGAGGAAAAGAGCCCAAAGUUUAAGAAGCGACCCUGUAGGUGUACUAGAGGACCAGAAACUGUGUAUCAUUUAUACGUAAGAGAAAGGGGGAGGUUCAAUAUGGAGUCCAUCUUCUUGAGGUCGGGGGAUCUGACUGUGAAGGCCUUGGAAUCAGCUGUGCUUGAGAAGUUCAAGUCCAUGAAACACGUACCGAUUUGGAAGCAAGACCGACCUGAAAGCAUAAGAGGUGGUGAUGAGCUUAAAAUUUACAGAAUACACCCUGCCGGCCUGACACAGAGGCAAGCUUUGUACAACUUUAGAUUCAAUGGGGAUGCCGAUUUCAAACAUCACAUUGAAAGCAACCCUUGCGCUAAGUUUGAAGUCAUAUUUGUUUAAGACAAAUCUCAAUUCUGGUUUGCUUGCGCUAACUAUGAGGUCAAGGUGUUUAGACAUUGAAAGCAACCUCAGUGUUUUAGUCUCACAACACAGUGAUAGAUUGUAGGGAAGAAAAACCAGGACAUGCCUGGCCUUCUGAGAUACAUACAUUGAGAUCGCUGUAUACACGUUCUUCAGAAUACACUAUAUUUGUUAUGAUAUGAUAUUCAAGUCUAUGUCUUUUGCAU